GUCAGUCCGACAGCACAAUAGGCGACAGCAAGCAUGGCCAAGAAAAGGAAGGCUGGUGGUCGCGCAUACGGUGACUCUAAGGCGCCGAAAAAUGACGACUCGAAACUCGCCAUCAACUCAUGGGAAGAUGUCGCCGACUCGGAGGAUGAGUUCCUCUUAAACCGCGAGAAGGUUAUGCUCGACGAAGGGCCGGCGGCAAAGAGGCUGAGGAAGUACCAAGAAGAGGACAAGUUCCUCGACAACUCAGAAGAAGAAAUCCUCGGCGACAACCUCAACGAUAGCGACGACGAGGACGACGAGGAAGAUGAUGCAAGCGAGGCCGCAGAAUCGGAUGAUCAAGCGCCAGACGACGAAGACGAGGAGAUGGACGAGACUUGGGGUGCUACGAAGAAGGACUACUACAACGCCGAUGCCAUUGAGACAGAACAGGAUGCCCUUGACGAAGAGAAGGAGGCUCGCAGAUUGCAGAAGAAGCAGCUCCAAGCCAUGUCAGAGGCAGCUUUCGGCUUCGACGAAGACGAGUGGCUUGGUCAGGGCGAGGAAGAGGAGGCAGAAGGUGGCGCGAGGGUCACAGAGGUGCUUCCUCAACUGCAGAUCACAGAUAGCAUGUCUGAGGAGGAACGACUCAAGAUCAUGAAGACAAGAUACCCGGAGUUUGAGCACAUUUCGAGAGAGUACCUGCGCCUGCAGCCACUGCACGACGAAUUGGCUGCUGCCGCGAACGCUGCCGAACGCCUCCUCAAGUCAAGAGCGAACAAAAUGAGCAAAGGCUCGCAAGCCACACCUAUCGCCGUCACAAAAUACCGCGCAUGCGCCGCAUAUCUCGCGGCUAUGGCUAUGUACUUUGCUAUCCUGGGAUCGACCGCAAAGGACGAUGACUCGUCGGCGAUUGCGAUGGACCCCAGGGAGCUGCACGAACAUCCAGUCAUGGAGAGCCUGCUGAAGACACAAAGACUAUGGACGAAGGUUGAAAGCCUACCCGUUGGUGACCCUAUGGUGGAGACGGACGCGGAGGAGCUUUCAGUCAUCGACGAAGCCAGUGCGCUUUCAGGCGUCGAGCUGGAUCAGGGACUCAAGAAGAAGGCACAGAAGCAGAAGAAAACCAAGGCAGAACGCGCAGCAGAGGUCGCUCGCGCAGAGGCAAAGGCCCGUCGUGCUGAGAGGCUGCUGCAAACUGAGCAAGAUCUCGGCUCACUGUCAGCGCUCACAGAUAAAGCCGCGCUCAAGAAGGCCUCCAAGAAGAAGAAAGCCCCCGAAGGCAAGAUUAACCUCCUCAACCCCGACGACUCCGACUUCGGCGAAGAGACCGACCUCACAGCCCACGAGCUGGCGGAGAAAGCCCGCAAGAAGAAAUCUCUGCGCUUCUACACCUCUCAAAUCGCGCAAAAAGCCAACAAGCGCGACGCCGCCGGUAAAGACUACGGUGGCGACGCAGACGUCCCUCACCGCGAGCGCCUCAAGGACCGUCAAGCGCGUCUUCAACUCGAAGCCGAAAAGCGCGGACAGCACAAAAACAACGGUCCUGGUGUCGCCCUGGGCGAAGGGCCAGACAGCUCCGGCGACGAAGCCGAGCCCUUCAGACCCGAGGACAACGAUUUCGAAGAUGAAGACGGGUACUACGACAUGGUGGCCGCACGCAGCAACACCAAGAAAGCGGCCAAAGCGGAUCGCGCUGCUGCGUACGCGGAGGCUGCGAAACAGGGCGCUACAGUUGUUGAGGAGGAAAUUAUUGGUGACGAUGGGAGGAGGCAGAUUAGCUACCAGAUCGCGAAAAACAAGGGUCUCACACCACACCGCAAGAAGAGCGUGCGCAACCCGCGUGUCAAGAAGAAGGAGAAGUACGCCGAGAAGCUUAAGAAGGAGAAGAGUAUGCGGCCGGUCUUCGACAAGGCGAAGGCGAGUGCUGGGCAUGCGAACUACGGUGGUGAACUCACAGGUAUCAAGAAGGGGAUGGUCAGAAGUAGGAAGUUGUAGGCGUUUGCAUCUAGAGCGAGGGGGUGCUAUUAGAGUAGGAAAUAUACCCCAAUUGCAC